UAUACAAAGAACAGAAAAUAAAGUCGAGAAGCAGAAAUGAAGUUCGAGUGCUUUUCGGAGAGAAGGAGGACCGUGAGGCUGUUCCAUUCCGUUUUUUUGAUCAUCUUCUUGCACACCGGGGUCCUUGGGGGGAGAAAAUUUCGAGGUGGGCGAAACCCACAACCACGACGGACACAGCCCUCUCCCACGUACCGGGACCGGGGCGAGGCCACGGAAAGUUUUUCCUUGGAUUUCACACCAGUUGAAGAAAACAUGGACAAUUUUAUGACCCAAGUCAAGAACCUAGCGCAGUCUCUUUACCCGUGCUCGGCCCAAAAACUUGACUAUGACAUGAAAUUGCAUUUUCUGGAGAAUACAUCCGUCACCUGCAACGACGGAACCCCUGCGGGGUACUACCUGAAAGAGUCAAAAGGAAGCAGGCGGUGGUUGAUAUUCCUCGAAGGUGGCUGGUACUGCUUUAACAAAGAGAACUGCGACAGCCGAUACCAGACGAUGAGGCGACUCAUGAGCUCCUCCCAAUGGCCGCUGACAAAGACAGGCACCGGCAUCCUGUCACCUCAGCCUGAGGAGAACCCCCACUGGUGGAACGCAAACAUGGUGCUCAUUCCCUACUGUUCGAGUGAUGUAUGGAGUGGAGCCUCACCCAGGACAGACCAAAGUGAUUAUGCCUUUAUGGGGUCUCUGAUCAUUAAGGAGGUGGUCAAGGAUUUGCUGGCCAAGGGCCUGGACAACGCCAAGGUGUUACUGCUGGCUGGGAGCAGCGCUGGUGGUACUGGGGUACUGCUGAACGUAGACCAGGUGGCUGAGCAGCUCAGGGAGCUGGGCCACACAGGGGUGCAGGUGAGGGGGCUGUCCGACUCGGGCUGGUUCCUGGACAACAAACAGUACCGCUGCACCGACUGCGUGGACACCAUCAGCUGUGCCCCCACCGAGGCUAUCAAGAGGGGGAUCCAGUACUGGGGUGGAGUUGUCCCUGAACGUUGUAAACAGGCCCACGAGGGGGAGGAGUGGAACUGCUUCUUUGGGUACAGAGUGUACCCCACUUUGAAGAGCCCUGUAUUUGUGGUACAGUGGCUGUUUGACGAGGCCCAGCUGACAGUGGAUAACAUUCACCUGACGGGACAGCCAGUGCAGGAAGGCCAAUGGCGAUACAUCCAGAACCUGGGCAACGAGCUGAGGAACACGCUCAAGGACGUUCCGGCCAUGUUCGCUCCAGCCUGCCUGUCACAUGAAGUGAUCACCAGAAAUUACUGGAUCGACAUCCAGGUGAAAGGCACCUCCCUGCCCAGGGCUCUACACUGCUGGGAUCGCAGUCUCCACGACAACAGCAAGAACAACAAGGCCCCGCCCAGGGGCUGUCCCGUGCACCUGAUCGACAGCUGCCCCUGGCCGCACUGCAACCCCACCUGCCCCACCAUCCGGGACCAGUACACCGGCCAGGAGAUGAGCGUGAUCCAGUUCCUUAUGCACAUGGGCUUCGACGUGCAGAAGAUGGCUCAGCAGCAGGGCAUGGAGCCGGGCCAGCUCCUGGGCAUGCUCAGUAGCGGUAGCUAAAGGGAGGGUGGAUCCCGUCUCCUCGCCCGGCCCUCUCUCCCAUAUUCUCACACCCAACCUGACUCCCAUUUCUCAGUCCGCCCACCCCUCUCCAUCCCAUGUCCCAGUGCCUGCCUCCACACCACCAUUUUGUCUUUGCAGUGCCCCAGGCCAGCUACCCUCUCUCAGCCUCAUUCUCAUCACAACUCCCGCCCAUGUGAAAAAUAGUAUGCUGGAGUUUAUUUGAAGUGUACUAUCUUAUACUUUGGAAUACUUGAAGUAUUAAUUGAAGUUUAUUCAAGUAUCCAUGUUUUUUUCUACAUGGGCUCUCCAGCCUUGUCCUCAAAUCCUAACUCCACCGUUACUUAUUUCCACCCUGACCGCACACUUCACCUUACGCCCUCACUCCAACCCUAACC